AGGAGUUGAAUUUAGGAUUAUAAAGUUAGAGCUUAAAGGGAUCUUUGAAAUCUGUUUAUACAACACCCUCAUUUUACAGGUUUGGUUGAAAGUCCUGAAGAUCGAAGAUAGUGGAGAAUAGAUACUCCUGUUACUGACCUCCUUUGACCUUCUCUCAAGCCAAUAGCAGAUUAAAUCUCUGAACUGGUUUUGGAGUGAUAAAAUUCACAAAUAUUUGGAGUACAGCACAUUUUCAGAAGAAGAUACUUUGGAAGAACUACAGAACAGGAACAGCUUCUAGGAAAGUCAACAACUGCUAUUUUCCAGCACUGGGCUAAGUCCUGGUGAUGCAAAAAGUCAAAAGCAUGGUUCCUGACCUCAAAGAAUAUACAUUCUAUUGGAUCUGCUUAUGAUCUGUUAGAAAGAAGACGGACUGGUCCAAAGGAGACCAUGGGGAAGAGAGUGGCAAUCAUUGGAGCUGGAGUGAGUGGCUUGGCUUCCAUCAGAGCCUGUUUGGAAGAAGGGCUUCAGCCUACCUGCUUUGAGAGGAGUGAUGGUAUCGGGGGCCUGUGGAAAUACUCAGAUCAUGAAGAAGAAGGACGGGCCAGCAUUUACCAAUCUGUAUUCACCAAUUCUUGCAAAGAAAUGAUGUGUUUUCCAGAUUUUCCUUAUCCUGAUGACUAUCCUAACUACAUGCAUAACACUGAGGUCCAGAAAUACCUAAAUAUGUUUGCUCAAAAGAAGAAUCUUUUAAAAUAUAUACAAUUUGAGACAAUGGUCACUAGCAUAAAGAAACAUGCCAAUUUCUCAGUCACUGGUCAGUGGGAUAUUGUUACUGAAAAGAAUGGAAAUCAGGAGUCAUCUGUAUUUGAUGCUGUGCUGAUUUGCUCAGGACACCAUGUGUACCCUAACCUACCACUUGAUUCCUUUUCUGGACUAGAAAAGUUUCAAGGCAACUAUAUCCACAGUCGGGAAUAUAAGGGUCCAGAAGGUUUCAAGGGGAAGAAAGUUCUUGUGAUUGGCCUAGGAAAUUCUGCAUCAGAUAUUGCUGUUGAGCUCAGUCACACGGCAUCACAGGUCUUUAUUAGCACCCGAAGUGGUUCUUGGAUAAUGAGUCGUGUUUGGGAAGAUGGCUACCCUUGGGAUAUGGUGUAUAUAACACGUUUCCGAAACUUUCUCUGGAAUUGUCUUCCUAACUUUGUCUCAGAUUGGUUAUAUGUUAAGAGGAUGAACUCAAGAUUUAAACAUGAGAACUAUGGCCUGACACCUUCCAAUGGGAGCUUGAGAAAAGAGCCUGUGUUCAAUGAUGAGCUUCCAGCCCGCAUCAUCUGUGGGGCAAUAUCCAUCAAGCCUGAUAUAAGGGAAUUUACAGAGACAUCCGUGGUGUUUCAGGAUGGGACAGAGUUUGGACCCAUUGACUUGGUCAUCUUUGCAACUGGCUAUGGCUAUGCUUAUCCUUUCCUUGAUGACUCAAUCAUCAAAAGCAGAAACAAUGAAGUGACACUGUAUAAAGGCAUCUUCCCUCCUCCCCUUGAGAAGCCAACCAUGGCUGUGAUUGGACUUGUCCAGUCCCUCGGUGCUGCCAUCCCCACAACUGACCUACAAGCGCGCUGGGCUGCAAAGGUCAUUGCAGGUUCUUGCGCUCUGCCUUCUUUCAGUGAAAUGAUGGAUGACAUUGACGAGAAAAUGGGGAAAAAACUCAAGUGGUUUGGCCAGAGUCAGACUUUACAGACUGAUUACAUCACAUACAUGGAUGAAAUUGCUUCCUUUAUAGGAACAAAGCCCAACAUAUUGUGGCUUUUUCUAACAGACCCCAAACUGGCGGUGGAAGUUUACUUUGGCCCCUGCAGCCCUUACCAGUUUCGUCUGACUGGACCAGGGAAGUGGGAUGGAGCCAGAAAUGCCAUCUUGACCCAGUGGGACCGGACAGUGAAGCCAACCAGAACAAGGAUUAUCUGUGGUGCUCAGAGACCACAACCCUUUUUUCAUUUGCUUAAAAUACUCUCUCUCUCUGUACUCUUUCUAGCUUUUCUGCUGAUGUAUUAGUAAAAGCCAAUCACUUCCAGGGCUUACAAAACAUUUUCAAAGGUUAAUAUCCCCACCCCUGCAAAGAAUAAUCCAAACAUUUUGUAAUGCACUAGCACUCCUGAUGAGAUAGCAGUCACAAGUAUCACUCUUAGUUCAGUCAAUUCAUUAAUCAACAUGUAACAAACAAGUGGCUUUUCCCAACCUUCCUUCUUUUGAUUCCUUUCUUAUAGAUUUAGCAGAUAAGAAAUUAAUUUCUUUAUUGUUUGAAGAAUGAAAUCAAGUAGUGACUAGGAAAAAAUGUAUUCAUAAGAAAUUUAUUUUCCCCUAAAUGUUUUCUCUACUUCUUCUUUAUUUGGUUUGAUGGGAGCUUGUGGUUGGAAAGAGUCAUAAGUACAUCUGCCCCAAGAUAUAACCUUAUUUUGCAGGCUUGGUAUGCUGCCUGAUGGCGUGGUUAAGUCCAGUGUGGUCAGGAUCACAGAAUCAAAGGUUUAUAAUUAAGAACCUUAAAAACCCCUAGUUCAACUCACUUAUUUUACAGAAGAAAAAAAAGUGUAGGUCAAAUUCAAACUCAAGUCCCCUAAUUACAAAUCCUGCACACUUUCUCAAAAGAAAGAGAAGUGUUGAAUGAUAGGAAGCACAGUACUGAGGUCUUCAGCUUUCUAAAGAAUGUUUGUCAGUGUUUUGAUAAACUUGGGCAUGGUUCUGUCCAACACACUUCUGAAUGUUUUUACAGAUUGAUUUUUGAUAAACCCCAUUUUUCUGAAUAUAGGAAAAAUUGAUGCUCAUAACUCAAUAAAUUGGAAAAAUUAGUCCUAGGUUUCUGACUGGGUUUGCUCUGAAUUUAGCUGUUUGAAGACCAGCUAGUUUUUUUCACAAGCCACUCUGAGUACAAGUAUACCCCGAGGUAAUGUCACUGCUGGAUUCCAGUAAAAGACUGUUAUAAAGUAUGGCAACUUAAUUCAAUUCAACAAAUAUUCAUAAAUACUGCCUAUGUAUAUUUCUAUGAUAGUGUACACUGAUAAAAUUGAAAUUAAAUAGUCCCUAAUUGCUAAGGAUUUUUUUGCUCCACUGUAAGUGGUGGUGUUAAGACUUAGAAAAUGUCCUAAGAGAAGUAAAUACAAAAACACAAAUUACUUUAAGAAGUUUCAGAGUAUGAAAUCAGCUGCCAUCUAGGCGGAAGUAACUGAAUGAAGUCUUGACAGUAAGUAAGGAAGAAGCAGAGGAAGGAAUACAAUCCAAAUUGAAUGGGCAGUUUCUGUGGAGUUCCAAUGCCAAGUUCAAAGAAUAGCUGGUAGUCCAAUUUAGCAGAAACAGAGAAUAUAUGGAAGAGAAAAAAAUAAAUCAACAUUCGAGAGCCAGUUAAGGGAGAGUUUCUAAUACCAGAAUGAGAAGUUUAUGCUAGAAACAAUAGAAAACUAUUAUAAUUUGUUGUUGUUGUUGCUACUGCUGCUGCAGUUAUUUGAGGCAGGGAAGUGAUGUGUUCAGAUCUAUUCCACAGGAAGAUUAUUUGGGCAGCUGUAUGAAGGAUGGCUUGAUAAUGGAAGAAACUGGAAACAAGGAGACUAAUUAGACUAAUUAAAGACUGCUUAGUGCAGUAAUAUAUGAGUCUGAUGUGAAGUUAUGGUCAGGCUGGUGGAAAGAAAAUUGUGGAUCCAAAACAUAAUUGAAAAUUAAAUGAACAAGACUUGGCAAUCAUGGUUGGAUUCAGAGCAUGAGGAAGUGUUUCUGGAAGACUCUAGGGUGUCUUCUAGAUUAUACACCCAAUUCAGGAAAUGGGGAGUCCCUUCAGUAGAAUGGUGCAUCUCAUCUCAAUUUUCUUUAUACAAUACUCAUUUGUGUGUUUGUUUUCUAUCUCUAUAGCACACUCCUUAAAGAGAGAACCCAUUUAUUUUUAUCUUCAAAUACUGACUAGCACAAUACUUUGCACAUAGUAAAUACAGAAUAAACAUUGAUUCAAUUGAAUUGAAUUGGAAGAAAGGAAGAUUUAAGGGAUGAUGAUUAACUUUACUUUGGACAAGAUGAAUUUGAGAUGUCUUUCAAUAUGUAGGAAUAAAGUUAAAGAGAAAGGUGGGGGCUGGAAAAUAGUCAUUUGAACACUGUCACCAACCAUUUAAAUUGGUUAAAUAAAUAAAACCAUUAUUUCUUGGGCAAUUUGCUCAAUGAUCAUAAAA